AUGCUGCGGACAGUGCGAAAAAUUUAUCUACGAAACAUCGACGUUAACGCAAGCAGCCCUUCGCAAACACCUAUAAAUCCAAAAAAUUUCAUAUACUUUACCUUUUCGGGCACUACCCAAACAUUUCAAUCAGGCUACCUUGGAAUAACGGACUCGACUAUUCAAGGCUCAUUACACAUAAAAUCAUCGUUAUUAGAGCACCCUUUGCUUACGAAAAAAAUACUCCUCACUUUAACGUGUACUCACGCCGCACAUUGGUCGGUUGGAGAAACUCAUGUCAGAAAAUGUUUAAAGACACUUGAUUUAGCACAGACACUUUUUACUAGCAAUGCUCAUCAAGUCUUAAAUGAUUGCGAAUUCCCUUUUGUAUUUCAGUUGCCUAGUACAGCAGUCGGUUCUUUCAAAACUGAUGCAUGUAAAAUCAGCUAUCAACUUGAGGCCAAGAUUUAUCGUAAAGGAAUAUGGUAUCAAAUUUUUCCACUUAAAAAAUCGACAUAUGUCCCUGUCUUUUGGCACGCUUUCCCUACUGUAGGAAUGUAUCAACCAAUAACUCAAUCAAACAUUCUAAAUUCAAAAUAUCAAUGGUCAUUUUAUCUUUCCCAAACACAUAUCACACCAAACGAAGAAAUAAAUGCACGACUAAAUAUUACUAUUCUAAAGCCUCACGUGUUGAUAAAGUCGAUCGAAUACGGUUUAAAAACAUAUGUACAUGCAAAAGUUCAUGCAAACAAAUUUUUAGGUAAAUUAUAUGCGACAAAAACGAAAAUUGAGAGUCUCAAUUUCAUAAAUGAGCAUAAUCUUUUGAUUAGAGUACCAGAGAACGUUAUUUCAACAACAAACGGACCUUUUAUUAGAGUAGAACAUAAAAUCAAGGUUAAAGUGGUGCUAAGUGGUACUAGUAAUAUCAGAAUAGAGCAGCCUGUAAUUGUGAGUAAUGCUAUUCCAGCAGAGUUGCUACAUACGGGAAAUUUACUUUUAACGAAAAAUUGA